AAUUGAUUCAUCACAGUUUUCCAUUAAUCGCGUUGUGUGUCUCAAAGAAGAGGAGUACGGUCUGCUGGUCUACCUGUUAAAGUUUGGGAAUAAUCCAACAGUUACCAUACGUGAGAAAUGGCUCGUACCAAGCAGACCGCCCGUAAGUCCACCGGAGGAAAGGCGCCAAGGAAGCAGCUCGCCACAAAGGCGGCCAGGAAAAGUGCGCCAUCCACCGGAGGAGUGAAGAAGCCCCAUCGUUACAGGCCAGGAACAGUGGCUCUGAGGGAGAUCCGUCGUUACCAGAAGUCUACUGAGCUGCUGAUCCGCAAGCUGCCCUUCCAGCGCCUGGUGAGAGAAAUUGCCCAGGACUUCAAGACGGACCUGCGUUUCCAGAGUGCUGCCAUUGGUGCCCUUCAGGAGGCCAGCGAAGCAUACCUGGUGGGUCUGUUUGAGGAUACCAACCUGUGUGCCAUCCACGCCAAGCGUGUCACCAUCAUGCCCAAAGACAUCCAGCUGGCCCGCAGGAUAAGGGGAGAGAGAGCCUAAAUGGUACUCGACCUCCUGCUCCAGACACACAAUCCUAUUUAUCUCACUUAACCAUUUUGUGAAUUUUUUAAAAUGUUAAUUCUUGGGUUUUUCCUUAUGUAAUGUAUUUUAGAAUGAGGUAACGAUCAGAUAUGGUUAGUGUGCAGAUAGGACGAUCGGCUUGCCUUCAAAUGCAAAUGAGGCUUGUUUUUAUCUUAGAGGAUAGAAAGUGUUACAUGACUGUCACCGUGUUGACUUCAGUCAGGUGGCCUCGUCACAUGUCAACUGGCUCAUUUAGAGUGACAGUAAUACAUACUCUAGAUGACGGAGCCUUUGUGGUUGGGGGGUUUGAGGUGAAAGAACGAGUCGGCUCUUUACGUCAGCUUCCGGGGUGGUGUGUCAGGGUCUCAUCUAUUUCCACCCUUUGUCUCAGCAGUCUGCCAGCAUGUCUUGCACAACAGUUCACUCCUAGCACUCCAUAAUGGUGUCGGGGGGGAUUGUCUAUGCACAGUUACUCCUCCUGACACUGUCAGGGAUGGCCAGGAGCAUGACCAAGACUCUGUAUAUUCUGGACUGUUUUUUACAAUGUUAUUUUUUUUGAAACAUGCAACAAACCUUGGCAGCUACAUUUAAUAUUUAUGAGUGUCACAUUGUCUUUCUAUUAAAUGUCUUUACAAGUAAA